CUUAACUAGUGAAGCCACCAAGUCAUUAUCCCAGGAUGACUACUUGCCCUGGCUGGUUUUUCUGCUUGUGUUUUCCAAAUCUCCCGAGCCCUGCCUUUAUUUAUUUGCAUCAUUUCCAAGGAGUGCAGCAUCAUUUUUUCAGAAAUAAGAGCUGACACUGGGGACAUCUGGAAGCACAUGAUUUAGCUAGACAGAGUGGACAAUAGUGUUUCCUUGUUAGUAAUUUGCUUUCUUUUUCUUUUCUUUUGACCUUGCUUAUGCUCAAUCGAUAUAUUUUACUUUUGAUAAUUUUCCAGGAAGGAAUAUUCACUCUAAUAUUUGAAAGGUGGAUUGCAAAGAUACUGGGGAAAAAACAAUGGAAGAAACAGAAGGCUAAUAUUUUUUGGAUAAAAUUGGCUUGCUGAUGUUCAGCUGAAUAUAUCUUGGGCUAGUCAGUUAUUGCUGUUGCAUUCUGUCAUUACUAUGUUUUAAAAGCAAUUGAUGGACCAUGAGUGAUAACCAUUUUGCUACCGCUCUGGUAAUCGCCUGCAUCCUCAGCUUGAAUUCCACCAUCUUCUUGGCUGUCUCAAUUGGCACAGAUGUGUGGUUUGAAUACUGCAACCCCUUACCUCCUGAAAAUAUCAGUAAGUCUCCUUGUGAUGAACUCUUCAGAGAAAAUACAAAUGAAGACUUGUAUACAGAAGCUCUCUAUCAAUGGAAUGGUACCACUGGACUGUGGCAAAGAUGUAUCACCAUACCUGAAAACUCUUACUGGUGCAACUCAACAGGGAAAAUGGUCACAAAGUGUGUCAGUUUUGCUCUUUCGGAUCAGUUCAUGGAAAAAUAUAACGACCCCAGAAAUCCUAACAGUGGCAGUGAUAUGAUACGGACCUAUCUGUGGCGCUUGCAGUUCUUUCUGCCCUUUGUUAGCCUUGGACUCAUGUGUUUUGGGAUUGUCAUUGGGGUAUGUAUUUGUGCCUGUUUUAGUCUCUACCCUACCAUUACCACCGGAGCCCUCCACUUCCUGGCAGGUCUGUGCACACUGGGUGCAGUUGGAUGCUAUGCAGCUGGAAUUGAGUUGCUCCACAAGAAGCUAAACCACACUUCUGUGCCAGGCCAGUUUGGCUGGUCCUUCUGUCUGGCUUGUGUCUCCGCACCUUUGCAAUUUAUGGCAGCUGCACUUUUCAUCUGGGCUGCACAUAACAACAGGAAAGAAUUCACACUUUUGAAAGCCUACCAUGUGGCCUAAAAAGCUCUUCAUCUUUUCCUAAGUCUCUUGUAGAGAUUAUAUAUACAUAUUAAAAAAUAUUACCCCUUUUGCUCCCCCCCCCCAACUUCCCCCUCAAGUUUACUGCAAGGCCACAUUGGCUUUUUCAAAUAUUUCCCAUGUUUCAUUUUCUAUGACAUUGUUUGCUGUUCUGCUUUCAGCAAAUGAGUGUCUUUUUCUUUAAACAUCUUUAAUCUUCGCAAGACAGGCAGCUGUACAUCUAUUUCCUUUCCUAAGACCUUCAUCCGCAGAUGAGAAGAAGGAAUAUAGGGCCAUGACAGGAAAAUUUCCAGAAUAAGCCCAGGUCUCCAAAUGACUUCAGGGAGAGCAGCGGUUGUCAAAGGGAUUUCAUAAACUGGUUUGUUCAUAACACAUAAAAUAUGUUUCGCUACCACCCCCUCACUUCCUCAAGUUGUGUCACUGAAUUUCAUCAGCAGAUUUGUUGAUAGAAAGCAAAAAAUUACACUCUUCAAAAAUGCUGUCCUUAUCAUGAUCAUAAUCAUAUAUCUUAACUGAACUUAAAUAGAUUUAGCAAACUCUAAACACUCUGGGGAAACAAUGCUAGAACAAAAACAGUUUGAAAGGAAUUGUCAAGAUUGCACAAACAACAGCAGCUUUUCAAGAUUUUUUUAAAAGAAGUACAGUAGUAAAUUGCAAGUGUCUGACACAAAAUCCAGCAUGGUGUAUUGGUCUGAACAUUGGGCUACAACUCUGGAGUUUGAAUUUCUGCUUGAUCAUGGAAAUCCACUGAGUAACCUUGAGCAAUGCUCUCAGGUUCCUUCCACACAGCUGAAUAAAAUCCCACAUUAUCUGCUUUGAACUGGAAUAUAUGGCAGUGUAGACUCAAAUAAUCCAGUUUAAAGCAGAUAUUGUGGAAUUUUCUGCCUUGAUAUUCUGGGUUAUGUGGCUGUGUGGAAGGGCCCUCAAACUAAGAAAAAGACAAAAGUAUGUUUCAUGAACAAAUCUUGCAAAACAUCCACAAUGACCUAGCCAUGAUAGCGCUACCAUAAAGUUACCAUAAGUUGCAAACAACCAGAAGGUCCAAAACAACAAUUGGAAUUACUUAGGCUGGAUGGAGUCUACUCUGCUGCCAAAUUUUAUGUAGAUGCAUGAAAAAUAUAUAUUUUUAAUAUAUAUUUUAAUUACAGCCACUUUUGUUUUCCUAUUGCAAGAAAGACCAUAAUUCCAGAUUUCUGAAUAUCAAUUCAAAUUUAAAUCAGUCAUAUUAUCAGAUGGUAGAUUGGGCCUAUUUGGAUUAACCAGACUGGCACCAAAUAAAAGAAGACUCAUGUACAAGCUACUUCAAAUUGUCAGAAUACCGCAAUCACUACAGAUCAAUAGGUACAGUAUGUUGGUUAUACCAGGGAAUAUGAGUGUUCAGUCUGCUAGUUAAAGCAGCUAUUCCCAAACUCUGGUUCUUGGACUUCAACUCUCAGAAACCUCAGCUGUCUUAGUUAAUGAUCUGGGUCCUUAGGAGCCGAAGUCGAAGACACCUGGAAGAGCAGAGAUUGGAAAACACCAGAUAGGAUCUCAUUAACUGACUGUAGCAGACCAUUACCUGCACAUAAAAAGCUUUCUAAACUAACACCCCUUUUCAAAAAUGGGAGUGAAAUGGGAAAUAGAGUUGUGUAUGUUAUAUGAAUGGUAGUAGGGAUACACAGGUCAUCUUUCACAUACCUGCAGUCAUCUUUUGCAUGCAGUUGACUUGAUAACAGUAGCACUAACCAGGGAAAACAAUUGAAAAUGACCACUUGUUGAAGGAAAAAUACUCAAAGAACAGCACUGAAACGAACUGUAUUCCAGUGUGAGCCGUGGAAAAAAAUAAGCAGUUUGUACAAGAAAGAGAGACAGUACAGAAAUGUGUCAUAAACCAGACAUUAUUGACAAACACUUUACACCAGUGUUUCCCAGCCUUUUGGCCUCCAGAUGUUUUGGACUUCAGCUCCCACAGUUCCUAACAGCUGGUUAGCUGGUUGGGAUUUCUGGGAGUUGAAGUCCAAAACACCUGGAGACCCAAACGUUGGGAACCACUGCUUUACAUGAUCAACUCAGUGGCAAGAAUCCUGAGAUAGAUAGAUUAGAUAUCCUUUUAUAAUUGAGACAAAAGGCAUGACCUUAUCCUGCAAAGACAGCUGCGAGUUCUCUUGGCCAAUGUGUCUUGGGCAAGCCGGCACAACUGGCCAGCAACUGAAAAAAAAGAGCAUCUGUCUCAUUCCCUUGAUUUCUAGUGUCACUCACUGGAGAACUAGGACAAGGACAACUAAUGGUUGCAGAUGAACAGCUACAUGCAGUAAUUUCCAUGCACUUCCUUGGCCAUAAAUAAUUGAGAAGGGACACAUCUUGCUUUCUCAAUCAGACUUGCACCCAGCAACUGUAGUUGGGAGGAAAUAUAUGGGGGAACAUUAUGCUCCAUCUCCUCUUUGUGGCAGGACUACAGCUUGUGUUUUACAUGUCAGAUAAUAAUCUCAGUGUUUCAUUUUUAUCACUAAACAAAACAAAGAUUUAUAAGACUUAUAAUUGCUUAAGUUAAGGAUGAGCAACUUUAAUUUUUCUUACUUUUAAUAUGAUGCGAAGGGAUUGCUUUUUCAAAAGGACACAAGGAAACAUUAUACCACAUAUAACCCAAAAUAGCUCUCACUUGCAGCCUGAGACAAUCCCUUCAGCCUUUCUCUAUAUCUUGGUAACAUGCAACUAAAAGCUUAUGCUCUGCACCUCUUACCUGUCAGUGAUAUGCCACACAUUAAUACUGUUUGUCUUCUGUAUCAUGAAGGGCUGUUUACCUUGAUUUUAUGCAAAUGUUUUUGCUGAAUAUAUGCUUUAUGAAACCACCAGAAGACAUCUGCAGGGUUUGUAGAUUUGCUGCAAACAACAUGGUCAGGGAAGUGGUUAAGACAGCAGAAUUUGAAACACAGUGUUCUAGUUGAAGAAACAUUUCCAUGAAACAGGUGCAUCAAACAUUUUUUUUCUUAACAGAAUCACGAAGCUAAUAUUUAAUUACUUUAAUGUGACAUUCUCCAAUAUAUUUUAUAUUAAAUUCCUUUACAUACUAAAUGCAGUUGCCAAGUACAAAUAUAGUGUGGACCAGUAUGUUAACUUCAGGUGCAUUAUUGACGCUGAACUACUGUCUCUGAUAAUUGAUUAUACUCCAUUAAAAAACCAAGUGUUUUAGCACGGUGAAACGUCACUCUGAUAGGUGUUAAUAGUGUGGUUCAGACAUUUGAAACAUGAUCUUGGGCCACAAAGCUACCAUCUGUGGGAUUUUUUUUUCGUGUCAGGAGCAACCGGAGUUGCUUCUGGAGUGAGAGAAUUGGCCGUCUGCAAGGACGUUGCCCAGGGGACGCCCAGAUGUUUUGAUGUUUUACCAUCCUUAUGGGAGGCUUCUCUCAUGUCCCCGCAUGGAGCUGGAGCUGAUAGAGGGAGCUCAUCCAUGCUCUCCCCGGGUGGGAUUCGAACCUGGCAGCUUUCAGGUCAGCAACCCAAGCUUCAAGUCAUGAGGCUUUUAUCCCCUAGGCCACUGGAGACUCCUUGUGGGAUUAUAACUAAGCAUAAGAAGAUGUUGUUGAAAUAGUAAUCCUGUUGCCUACGAGAGAAACUGCAGGUUCAUACAUUUAGUCUAUUUGCAUGGCUGUGAACUUAAUAUUAUAUUUAAACAAAUCCUUUAAUUGUAUUACUAUUUAAUAAAUAUUUUCUCAUUAUUUUAUCUCUGUAGAAAUGGG